UCAUCUCUCGCGCGAUUGCACGUUCGUCUGUUUUCUCGUUUUCAUCAAAUUCCUUUGCCCAGAAUCCACAACAUUUCUUCUCUUUCUCUUUGUAUUCGAUUCAUGCUUUAGCUCCAUUAUCGGAGCCUAACAUCCUCUUCGACGGAGAGCGAAUAGCCGCGCCCCGUAUGAUCCAAUUUUUUCUUUUCUUGAUUCAGAGUUGCGUGGAUUUUGGUGUUAAUCGGAUGCUGUAAGACGACGAAUUUUUAGUUUUUUCCAUCUGGGAUUUGGGAAGUAGAUUCAUGGAUAAUCGAAAUGGCGUUUUCUUUCCCGAUGAGGUUGUUCUUCAAAUUCUGGUCAGAUUGCCUGUUAAAUCCCUCUUUCGGUUCAAAUCCGUUUGCAAGCAUUGGCACAGAUUGUCUUCCGAGAAAUAUUUCACUCGAUUGUACAAUGGAGUGUCUGUGAAGGAGCAAAUGCUAGUGGCAGAGGUGUCGGAUUCUUCGGGAACGAAAUCUAGCUUAAUCUGUGUGGGCAAUUUGAGGGGUGUCUCCGAGUUCUCAUUGGAUUUUCUGAGAGAUAGGGUUAGGGUUAGGGCUUCGUGUAACGGUUUGUUGUGUUGCUCUAGCAUUCCUGAAAAGGAUGUGUAUUAUGUCUGCAAUCCAUCGACCAGAGAGGUUCGGCUAUUGCCUAAGAGCCGAGAGAGGCCAGUAACAAGGUUCUACCCUGAUGGUGAGGCUACUCUUGUUGGCUUGGCUUGUGACCUGACAAGGCAAAAGUUCAAUGUCGUCUUAGCGGGUUAUCACCGAUCUUUUGGUCAGAGGCCCGAUGGGACCUUCAAAUGUUUGGUGUUUGAUUCAGAAUCCAACAAAUGGAGGAAAUUCGUUUCCUUGCAAGACGAAUGCUGCUUCACUCACAUGAACAAGAACCAGGUCGUGUUUGUCAAUGGGAUGCUUCACUGGCUGAUGGGUAGUUUGUGUUAUAUACUUGCACUUGAUCUUGAACACGAUGCCUGGAGAAAAGUUCUGUUACCGGAUGAGAUCAGAUGCGGGGAUGGUAACCGGGUUUAUCUCUUGGAAUCUGAUGGGUGUUUGUCUGUGAUCCAAAUCUCGGAUGGAUGGAUGAUGAUUUGGAAGAUGCAGGAUUACGAGAAUGGAAUUUGGGUUGUCAUCGAUAGGAUUAGUCUAAGGUGUAUCAAAGGGUUGGUUCCAGGCAUCUUUCCUAUAUGCCAAACUGGUGAAUAUCUCUUCUUGGCUACUCAUAAACAGGUUUUGUUGUAUCAAAGGAGGAGUAAGUUGUGGAAAGAGAUGUUUUCUGUCAAGGGAAGCUCAUCUCUGCCGUUAUGGUUCUCAGCAUAUGCGUUUCGUAGCACAAUAGCAUCAUGUAACUAAGGUUUGAAAGUGGAAACCCCGUGGACAUGGAACAAAUCUCAGGUUUAAUGCUACCUUGUGUACAUAUUUGUGUUUGUAAAGCUCAAGAACAUGUUUUCGUUUUGAGAGGUUAUGAUUCUCUGAUGGGUAGUGUUUUGUUUCUCGUGUGACAAAGUAGAUUAUGAUGUUUUUUCAAUGGCAAGAUUGUUCCUUGUGUGACCAACCCAAAUCUCUGAUCCUUGUAUUGGAUACUGUUGUAAAAUUUCUGAAUCCGAUGGGUUUAAGAUGUAAAUUCUGAAAAGCAGUGUUCAUGAAGUUGUCGGAAAUCUGACAGAGGAAACUGGCAACAGUGCUGGCACCAGUUGCUAGCAG